AUGUCUGACUAUAUUCCAUACAUUGUCAAUUUCAACAACAUUGAAAAUGUUCAAAAUUGGGCUCAACACCUUGCUAAUGGUGUAGACCUGGAAGUCCUUGGCUAUGAAGGAGAAAGAGAACAACAGCAACUUGGUCUUUUACUGCACAAUGCCCAUGAAGCAACUUCAGCAACUGUAAAGAACUAUGUAGACAUACAUAUAAAUGCAGCUACUACCCACAUGAAUACUUCCUUCAACAACAUUUACAAUGCCUAUAGGAAUGAUCAUGGAGUGCUUCUUGAUAUGGCUGACACUAUAGAAUCCUUGCAAAAGGAAGUGGAAAGCCUAAAGCAGUUGACUACCCUGCAAGGAAACCUUCUUGCAACAUAUAAAGCCCAGCUGGAUAAAUUUCCUGCUGAUGCUGGUGCUGGACCUAGCUCCAAGUCUCUUAAAGUUCCAGAGCCUUCUACCUUUUCUGGGUCUGACAGCAAAUCCAAAUUGGAUGACUGGAUCAAUCAGAUUGCCCUAUUCAACAGUGCAACAGGAGUUGUAACUGAUCAUCAGAAGAUUGUAACAGCAAUGCUUCGCCUUAGAUCUCCAGCCACCACCUACAUGAAAAAAUACUAUGAUAAGGUUGGACAUGGAGAAGACCUUGGGUCUUGGGAGAGUUUCCUCCAAGAACUCAAAAAUAUCUAUGGCAAGCGUGAUGACAAAGAAGGGGCAAAGCUUGAGCUUACACAACUUUGGUUGAAUAAAGCUUUAGCAAAUAAGGACUUCAUCAAAUACUCUGAGCAGUACCGCACUCUAGCUCGUAUUACAGAGUAUGAGGACUCUGUUCUCAUUGAUAAACUUAAGGAAGUUAUUCCUCAGGAGCUCAAAAAUGCUUUGGUUAUUCAGGAAAUGAAUGGUACUCUACCUAAAGCUUGGCAAGAGUAUCUUGAUCUCUUGCUUAAAGCAUACAAGGCUUUGCAUCCUGAAAAGGCUAAGAGUGUAAUCUUUGGCAAUGGCAAUAAAGGCAAUGGCAAUACAUCUGACUCAGAUGCAAUGGAGAUUGAUUCUGCAAAGAAGAGCAAAGGCAAAUCAAAAGAAGCCAACUCCCAGGAAGUUAAAAAGAAGAAGCAUUGUAAUAUUUGCGCUGCAAAAGGCUUAAAAAACAAGGCUUCUAGUCACAACACUAAUGAUUGUUGGGAUAAACCUGGAAAUGAGAGCAAGAAACCUGCUCCUAAAAGCUCUUCAUCAACUUCAUCCUCAUCUGUGCAGAAUAACAAAGUAGGACAAGGUGCGCCAGGGGCCAAGAAAUCUUUCAAGGCGCGAUUAUUGGAAUUUAUGAAGGAGAUGGAUGAUGAUGAUGAUGAUGGUACAGCUCCCCCAGCUGCAACUGUCAACAUCAACUCUGCGAGAAUCGUAGAAAUACCCGAUUCCCAGUCUGCCAUAAAGGGGACAACUGUGCAAGUCGAUGAAGUACAGUCGGGGCCUUCUCGAUCGACGGGUCAAAAAUUGAAGGCAAAUCGGCGAUCUAACGUGGAUUUUCCCGAUGCACUGUAG